ACUCUGACAUUAGCUCGAACAGCACAGAAAAUAAAGGAAAGAUCAGGCCUGAAUAUAGGAUAAUAGUAAUAGCCGCUCUUUUAUCUACUUUUCAUAGGGUUGCAGAUAUCAACAAUAUUAUCCUGAAAUACCUUCACUCUUACAAUCCAUAGAUGCAGUUGAGCCUAUAGAUGAUUAAGCCUGUGCAAUAUCAUAGGAUUAAGAUAUUUAAGGACAAAGGACUGUAAUAAUGGCCAAUAAUGAUGAGACUUGAUUCAAUGAAUGCUUCAGUGGCAGACCAUACUGAGCAGCAUAAAUGCAGAUAUAUCAGCCAUCAAUACAAAUUACAUGAAUUACAAUUAUGCAGGAAACACAGAAAGAUAAAGGAACAGAAGAUCUACACUUGCUGGGAAAACUUGCAGAUUAUUGAAAUAGCUGAAUAACCUACUAGAUAUGAAAAUCCUGUGUUUCAGAAUGACUUGGUUACGUCUUAUUGUUAUACUAGUAAUUGCACUAGCUUGCUUACAACUUUUACACAUGUCAAUGCUUAGUCAGUUAGAAAUACGGAACAAUCAAUUUGAAAUCAAAAAGUCACGAUUCAUUUUUAAGAAGGUGGCCUUGAAGCAGUUUCAGGAGAUACAAAAUGCACUGCAUGGUAGCAGUAUACUGGAUUCUAGCGGCCAGUACAGAAUUAUACAUUUUUUAUUGAAGAGUAAAACACAACAGGAGGAAUCGCAGAAUAAUGUUAAUGGUUUGACAUUGUUAACUCAGUGUUCAGCCAAUAGAUUACAUUACCUUAUAGAUCUUGCAAACCAAUGGAGUGCACCAAUAUCAAUUGCCGUAUUUACAAUUUCAAAAGAUAUUAAAAAUGUAGUAAGAACAUUGCUAUAUCUGCAGUUCUGUGUGCCUGCAAUUCGAGAGUAUGUUUCAAUACAUUUAGUGUUUCCCUUUGCCUCAAAUAUUGAGGCCAUUACAGAAACGGACAUUGAUAUGCCCCAUGAUGUAUGCCAUAAUUUAAAGGAUGAGCUCCAGAAGCGGUAUAAUACUACUCUCAAUUAUGACUUGCAGGGUGUUCCCUACCCCAAUAACCUACUACGUAAUAUAGCACUACGUAAUGCUCAUACUGACCAUAUCUUUCUCAUUGACAUAGAUUUUAUACCUUCCAAAAAUCUCCAUAGUAACUUUCUCAAUUUUGCUCAAACCAAUGGGAUAUUUGACAUCAACAGAUCUGUAUAUGAAAAAACAGUUUACGUUGUUCCAGCAUUUGAAACACGUAACAAAAUCUCAAUUCCAAGCAACAAAGAUGAGCUAUUAUUGCAGUGGAAAAAAUCAGAAAUCCGACCUUUUUAUUAUGAACUUUGUUGGAAGUGUCAAAAACAAUUAGACUAUGAAGCAUGGGGAUUGGCAAACUCAACGAAAAGUGUGACAGUAGCUUAUGAAAUUGAAUGGAAGGAUCCCUGGGAACCAUUUUAUAUCACAAGAAAAACCAUCCCAGUUUAUGAUGAGAGAUUUAAGCAGUAUGGCUUCAACAGAAUAAGUCAGGUUUGUGAGGUCCACUUUGCUGGUUAUACCUUUGCUGUGCUCAACAAUGCAUUCCUACUACACAAAGGUUACAAACUGCCUUCCAACUUCCAUAAGACUAAAGAACAAGAACAACAGCGCAAUAGGAUCCUCUUCAGACAGUUCAAAGAGCAACUGAAAACUAAAUAUCCUAAUUCUACCAGGAGGUGUUACUGAAUUUCCUCCCUUCCCUAACCCUACCCCAAUUCUCUUUAAUUCCCCAUACCAUGUUUUGAGGAGAAAUUAAGUGGAUGGAAUACUAGAUAUUAAUAUAACUGAGUACUGCCAUGUUUUCAAAUGCAAUAAUGAUGUUGAGAAAAGCAAACAUUCAUUUCAUCUUUGUAGCAAGUUAACCUAUUUCUCUCUUGUCAUCUCUCUUCUCAAUAUUCUCUAACAUUGGUUUUAAUCAUGCAGUCCUAACUUCGACCGUUAAUUUGAAUUUUUGACCUACCAGGUGCUUGAAAAUCAAGGAUUGCGAGUCUCAUACUGCACUGUUUUUUCUUCAAACUUAUACCAUUAAAAGCAGAACAAAAUUGCCUUUC